AUGGACCAACCUGCCUCAAAGAGCUGGAGCAUCUACACCCGCCGGGAAAUCAUAUCCAAAUACCAGAUUCUUGAGCUCGUUGGGUCCGGCGCUUACUCCGACGUCUACAAAGGCCGACGUCUCUCCGACAACCUCAUCGUUGCCCUCAAGGAAAUCCACGACUAUCAAUCUGCUUUCCGGGAGAUCGAAGCUCUCCAGGCCCUUCAGCACUGUCCCAAUGUUGUUGUCUUGCACGAGUACUUCUGGAGCGAAGACGAAGACGCCGUCCUCGUGCUCGAGUAUUUGCCUGUCGAUUUAUCGGAUGUGAUAAGGGCGGCCAAGAAGGGAGAGUGGAAAGAUGGAGGCUUGCGGGUUGAGGAGAUAAAGAGGUGGAUGAUUCAGAUAUUGAGUGGGGUGGAUGCAUGCCAUAGGAGUUCAAUUGUGCACAGAGAUUUAAAGCCCACGAAUUUGUUAAUUUCGGCUGAUGGGGUGCUCAAAUUAGCCGAUUUUGGACAGGCUAGGAUACUUCUUGCUCCUGGAUAUGUUGCUGUUGGUGACAAUAUGCCACCUAAUGAUCUGGAUUCUCCAGAGGAUGCUGCUGAACCUGGACCACCUGUAACCACUGGCACGUUAACUUAUGGUGAUUAUGGAACUCCGGUUAAGCCAAGGGGAUCUCCUGGGAAACAAGAGUUUGGAGCGUACAGCGAGGACCAGCAGAGAGAUUCUUUGGAUGAAGUUGAUAAAGAAGGUAAUGUUCCUGAUGGAGAUGCUUCUUGUCUUGCUACUUACACUGCAAGUGAGAUGGAUGAAGAUCCUUUUCGUGGAUAUUCAUGCGAGGCUGAAGAGGGGGAAAAUCAAGGAUUAGGCCCUCUUACGUCAUGCGUGGGAACUCGAUGGUACAGAGCACCAGAGUUGCUCUUUGGCUCUACUACUUAUGGAACAGAGAUUGAUUUGUGGGCAUUGGGAUGUAUUUUUGCUGAGCUUCUGAGUCUAGAGCCAAUGUUUCCUGGAACCUCAGAUAUCGAUCAGAUAAGCAGAGUUUUUAGUGUCCUGGGAAACUUAACUGAAGAAGUCUGGGCUGGAUGUCUGGAUCUCCCUGAUUACAAAACACUUAACUUUGUGAAAGUAGUUAAUCCCCCAGGUGUGGAAGGAGGACUGCCUAACCGAUCGACUGAUGAAAUCCAACUCGUUAAGAAGCUGCUUUCUUUUGACCCUGCAAAUCGAGCGACAGCAAUGGAAUUGCUUCAAGAUAAGUACUUGAAUGAAGAACCUUUGCCAGCUCCCAUAUUGGAGCUUAGAGUUCCUUCUAAACAUAGUGAUCUCGAUGAGGAUUCCCCCAGUGAGUGGGGACAAUAUAGGGAAUUCGACUCUGAUUCUGAGUUUGAUGAUUUUGGUCCAAUGACUGUCACACAGUCUGAUGGUGGGUUUUCCAUUCAGUUUUCUUGA